AUGGCCAACAACGGCGAAGCCCCACUGUCCGUCGUCGAUGGCGUCACCCCUGAGUACGCCCGCUUGAGAGAAGGUCCUCUGAAUAUUCCAGCCAUGGCAGGCCUAGAAACUCCUUCGUGGAGUGCGCGAGACAAACGCGGAAGGAGUGCUGAUCGCUCGCAGAGUCCUGGAGGCCGCAGACGCCGGGGGGAGUCCCAUGCGCAGCGCCUGGAGCACAAACUCAAGGACCAAGACACCAUCAUUCGCAAGAUGGCGGCGGAGAUGGAGCUGCUGAAACGCCAGAUCAAAGGGAAAGGUGUUGCUGAAGAGGGCAACCUCAGUGAGCGCACCCCAUCCCCUCGUUGGAGCAGUCGCCGCCAGGGGAGGACCCACUCUCUCUCCAUCACCAGGAACUAUGGGGUUAGAGGCUCCAGCCAAGAGGAGGGCAGGUCCCUCUCUCGUGACAACACAUACCGCCCCUCAUGCCCGACGCCGACGUCGGGAUCCUCUUUCUCCACAUGUUCCAGGGACUUGAGGGAUGUAUUGGAAGAGAGGGCACGCUGUCGGGAGGCUCGAAGAGUGCCGGCACUGCAGAGGAUAAGCGCUCCAGUGCGUUACAGUGAGGAAGUGGCGAUGCCAGCCCCCAAAGUGAUGGCCCCUGCGCUGGAGGACAAAGAGCUGGCGCGACUUACAGCCACACCGCUGUCUCCAGAGAUUGAGAGUACGCCACUCCCCGCCGGAUUCCACCAGCCAAAGUUCACUUUGUACGACGGCAAAACGGAUCCGUACAUGCACUUGAGUCAUUAUCAGCAGGUGAUGGCUGGCCACUGGCGCAACAACGCUCUGAUGUGUCUCAUAUUCCCAGCAAGCUUGGGAGAGCUGGGUAGGGGCUGGCUGCACGCCAUGCAAGCGGUUGCCUCGACCUUUCACCAAGCCAUGCGCUUUCCGGCGUCAAGCGGGCAAAUAGAGGAAGUUUGGGGAGACCAGGUGAUGGCAAAACAAUGCUUCGUUGCGGUAAAUGGCAGCCGAGCAGCCAAAGGGUUUGUCCAAAUGAUCGAGGGACCCGAGGAAAAAGAGGUCCUUGAAGACGUGGGAAGGAAGGCCGAGGAAAAAUUGGUCGAAGAUUUGGUGGAAGUGCGCUUUGACGAAAACGAUCCAACUAAAUUCUUCCUCUUGGGAUCAUCUUUGACUAGCGCCGAGCAAGAGGAUUAUGUCAACUUCUUGGUUUCCAAUUUGGAGGCCUUUGCCUGGACGCCUUACGACAUGCCUGGCGUCGACCCGAGCUUCAUCUAUCAUCAGUUGAAUGUUUUCCCCAACGCACGGCCAAUCAUUCAAAGGACGCGCCGUUCAGCCCUGCACCAUGCUGAAGUGGUGGCGGAAGAAGUGAAGAACUUGUUGGAAGCCGGGGCUAUAGAAGAAGUGCAAUACCCUCGGUGGAUAUCCAACACGGUGGUUGUUCCCAAGAAAAAUGGCAAGUGGCGAGUCUGCGUUGACUACAAGACUAUAGCCAUGUAUAAACCGGACAGAGAGAUUACAUCGUUCAUUACCCCCAGGGGAUUAUAUUGUUACAAAGUCAUGCCGUUCGGACUAAAGAACGCCGGAGCAACCUUUCAGUGGAUGGUUAGAAAAAUGUUCGCUCCUCUCUUGGGCCGAACAAUGGAGGCCUACAUCGACGAUAUGGUGGUAAAGAGUAAGGAGAAGUCUGAACACCUCACCGACCUAGCAGAAAUGUUCGCCAUACUUAAGCACCAUAAGCUUCGUCUGAACGCCUCCAAAUGCGCCUUCAAAGUUGGCACUGGAAAGUUUCUGGGUUUUCUGGUUACAAACCGGGGAAUUGAAGCCGACCCAUCCCAGAUCAAAGCGAUACAAGAGCUGGGGCGCCCGAAUUCUACAAAGGACGUGCAACAUCUCGCCGGGAUGGCGGCUGCGCUGAACAGAUUCAUCAGCCGGUCUUCAGAUCGUUGCAGGUCCUUUUUCAAAACUCUGAAGUCCAAGUUCUUCUGGGAUGAAGAGUGCGACCGUGCACUGGCGGACUUAAAAGCGUAUCUCUCCUCAGCCCCAAUUUUGGUCACGCCUCAGCCGGGCGAAGAGCUGUACCUCUACUUGGCUGUUUCUCAACACGCGGUGAGCGCGGUAUUGAUUCGUGCUGAAGGCAUCCAGCACCUACCAAUCUUCUAUGUAAGCAAGACCCUGCUCCCGGCCGAAACAAGAUAUCUUCCCUUGGAGAAAUUGGCAUUGUCCCUAAUGAUGGCGUCGAGAAAGCUAGCACACUAUUUUCAUGCCCAUACAAUAGUUGUGCUGACCGAAUUCCCUCUCAAGGUGCUCUUUGAGAAGGCCGACUUCACCGGGAGGAUUCUGAAGUGGGCCGUGGAAUUGGGGCAGUAUGACAUCAGGUUCCGCCCGAGCACCGCGGUCAAAGCUCAAGCUCUUGCAGAUUUCGUGGCGGAAUUUGCCCCUGGGACGCAUCCAGUUUGCCCGAUUGAUUUGGUUGGUGCGGAUUUAGCACAACCCAAGGUUUUGGCAACGGAGACGAGCGUUGGCUCGCACGUGGGAAAAGGGCAAAGUUUGACCGAACUAGCAAAGCCCGACAACUCGUUGGAAGAUGAACCCAAUGGAGACGAGAAAAAAGACCAGAACGAGCCGGCCAGAGACAUUGAAUUGAGAAGCUCCCAAAACCCGUCUGAUUGUUGGAAGCUGUUCAUUGGCGAGAUGUGGAAGCUCUUCGUCGAUGGAGCGUCCAACAGGCAUGGGGCCGGGCUGGGAAUUGUGCUGACCUCACCAGAUGGGCUGAUUAUUGAGCAAGCAAUUACGCUCGGAUUCCCGGCGUCCAACAACGAGGCAGAGUAUGAAGCCCUCCUCACCGGUUUGAGAAGCGCAUUGAGAAUGAAAGCCACCGCCCUUAUGGUCUUCAGCGACUCCAAGCUGGUGGUCAAUCAGAUAUCAGGAGAGUAUGAGGCAAGGGAUGAAAGAAUGGCCAAGUAUCAAGCGUUGGUGCGAGAAGAAAUCAAGAAGUUCCCUGCGAUAAGAGUGGAACAGAUCAACCGCGAAGAAAACAACUCGGCUGAUGAAUUGGCUGGGCUCGCCUCCACUCAGACAGCUUUUCCUAACCCCUUGAUGAUAGAGUUUUUACCCCGGCCAAGCAUUGAGGAACCAGAAGCAACCGAGGUGCUCUGCACCGACUUGGGCCCUUCCUGGAUGGAUCCCAUCAUCGCCUUCUUAAAAGACAGAGUUCUACCGGAAGAAAAGAAGGCAACCCACAAAAUUCGAGCAAAGUCAGAGCGGUUUUGGCUUUCCCCAUCUGGAGCCUUGUAUAAGAAGUCCUUCACCGGGCCGUAUUUGAAGUGUGUCCACCCCGCCAAAGUGGAGACUUUUCUCUACGAAAUACAUGAGGGCAUCUGUGGAAGCCAUACUGGAGGCAGGUCCUUGGCGUACCGAGCAAUUUCCCAAGGUUACUGGUGGCUGUGCAUGCAGGCGGACGCACAGAAAUAUGUUCGCAGGUGUGAGAAGUGUCAGAAGUUCGCUCACCAGAUCCACCAGCUGGCAAGAGAUUUGCACCCUCUCACAAGUCCUUGGCCGUUCGCGCUUUGGGGAUUGGAUAUUGUUAGACCACUCCCAGCAGCGCCGGGCAAUCGCAAGUUCUUCAUCGUCGCCACCGACUACUUCACCAUGUGGGUGGAGGCCGAGCCACUGGCAACCAUAAAGGAAAAGGAUGUGAAGAAGUUUGUUUGGCAAAACGUCAUUACUCGCUUUGGUAUACCCAGGGCCCUCGUCUCAAAUAACGGCACUCAAUUCGAUGGGAAGCUCUUUCGCGGACUUUGCGAAGAGUUGAAGAUCGAGUUCUACAAUUCGACGCCGGCCUAUCCUCAGUCUAACGGUCAAGCAGAGGCCUCAAACAAGACCAUCUUGGAUGGGCUAAAGAAGCGGCUUGAAAAAGCCAAGGGGAAAUGGGCUGAGGAACUUCCCAACGUGCUCUGGCCUGAUCUGAAUAAUGAAGCCGUGGCGUUGGAAUUAGACCUUGCCGAGGAAAGAAUGGAGCGGGCACUAAUCCACAUCUCAGCUUAUCAACAAGAACUCUCCAAGAAAUACAACAAGGUGGUGCACCCCAGGCUAUUCAAGGUCGGGGACUGGGUUUUGAGAAAGGUACUUGGCAACACGGUGGUCCCUGGCGAAGGAAAGCUCGGUGCGAAUUGGGAAGGACCAUACAAGACCCUUAGCCUCUUGGCACUAGAUGUAAGAGAUAGCAAUGCUUUUGUAAUAAAAAUAGCACUCUUGUUUGGUAUUACAUCUCUGUACAAUGAAAUCGCUAGGACACAAGCUAGCCUGCCAGUUGUGAAUUAUCAACGUUUAAAUCGAGACAUUUAUACACAAGCCAACCGAAAAGAAAUAGACGAUAUACGAACAAAAGGUUCAAAAGUUUCAUUGAUUGAAGAAGAUUCAGUACAAAGGUGA